AUGGGGCUCGAUGACGGCGAUGUCUUGUUGGACUUCGACACCAAAAUGCCCGACUUUGAGGACUUGGCCGAAGCUGUCGGUGACGUCGAUCGCGCAACAGCUUGGUCGUACGACAUAGUUGGCGCUCCAGGGCGAAAUCUCGUCGGCCCUCCCAUGGAGAGCUCAUCUCAGCAAGAUGCAACCCUCUCCUUAGGGGUACUUCAUCUUGAGAAGAAUUUAGCGUGGACACUCAAGGCUCCUCGUGUCGCUGCCCACGAAGCUGCAGUCCCUCCAAUUGUCAGCCUCGUCACGACCAACAGGCUGGGCUCAAUGGCGGGGAACGAUACUACAUCAUAUCCCCAAGCCGAGACCCUCCUGAUGGACGACUUACACGAUUCCAACUUCAGUGACGGUUUGCAGACCCAGAGCUCGUUCGACACCACUUCAUCACUUACGUCCCAGUCGUCGCGGUCUUCGAUCACCUCAGGCCCGAUCGAACUCGAGCUCUUGCAUUGCGUCCAAAGAUUCGCGCCGUUCGAAGUGGAGCUUGAACCAGCCGACCUAGUAUCGACCGUCGCAUCUCAACCCAUCCAGCUUCAAGAAGUGAGCCAGCGACGUGACGACUUCGCUCCUCGCAAAUUCCCUCGGCUUGAAGAUUUUGAUCCAGGAGGCACGAUCUGUGGCUCGAAGCGACUUUGCGGGACAAACGACGGCGAGGUCGGCGAUUACAACCCAGAAUGUUGCACUCGUGCGCUAAAUCAUUUGCCCACCCUUCCGAGUACCCUGGUCUUUCCUGUGGAGCUGCCAGACAUUCCUUGCCCUAAGGCGCUGUCGAAUCUCGCCAAAUUUCAACUCAAACCACUCGACCGUGGCUUACAUGGUGACGCCAGAAGGUUAGUGUAUCUAACGUUAAUCGAGAUGAUUUUUUUGGUUGGGUCUGACACUCUCACAUCGUGCUCCCGAAGACGUGCAAUCAUUGGCGCACUCGAGCAGCUGGCGGUGUCGAUUUUUGCGCAAUUAGUGCAACUCGCCUCGCGAGCUCCUUCCAAACCCAUGCAGCCAAAGAGAGGAUCUGCUAUCCGCAUCCUCCUCGCCAAUCGCGACAAACUUCGGAAAAAAAAGGCUACCACUUUCCCGCGCAACAUUGGUCGUGAUACUGAGCCUAGACUCGGGGGAAGGGAACUAGGUGGGCGACUGAGGUAUCAACGAUCAGCGGUCGAUGACUAACCGGGAUACUCUUAACAAUUCUCAGCAUCUGUCCUGAAAGUCAUCGAGUACAUUCUUGAUGGAUUUCACAAAAGCGUCCUCGCCUCCAAACGCGAUUAUUACUACCGAGCCGUUGAGCUCUUCGGCAGGCAGAAAGUCGUGGACGAGGUGAGCGUCGAGCCACACGCACCGCCGACCACAUUUUAUCAAUGCUCACCAUACCACAUUCUUUGUAGAUAGUCGACGAUAUAGCGGCAACACUGUGCAUACGGCGUUCCGAGCUCGGUGUUGGUUCUUCCCCGAAAGGGCUCGUUUCUGGUCAAAUAACGCUCCUUAUGUCGAACGCAACGGUGAUGCAGGGGUCGACUUCGCGAACGGGAACGCUCAUACCACCCAUUGACCAAAUUAUCGGCAUUCGAUAUCCCGCGGAUGGGGCCGAAGACUACCCGGGACGCAUACGAUGGGUCUUGGUGGUCGAAAAAGAAGCCAUCUUCUCGGCCCUCUCGUCAUCUUCUCUACUUCUCGACUCUAUACUGGGUCGCGGCGUGCUGAUCACUGGCAAAGGGUAUCCAGACAUGGCUACACGGCAUCUCCUCAAGAAGCUUUCGGUAGAUAUGCCGCAUACCCCAAUCAUGGCGCUAGUUGAUGCUGACCCGCAUGGGAUCGAAAUUCUGGCAACGUACGCGUGUGGCUCGAGAUCAUUGCGGCACGAAAAGGAAGAGCUCGUCAUCGACCGUAUGGAAUACAUUGGCGUCAAGCACGACGAUCUUCACAACUCCAAUAUCGAUCGGGACAAUUUGAUUGAGCUCAGUGCGAGAGAUCGGAAGAAGGCCUUGAAUCUGUUGAAACGGACUGACCUGAAGGAUGACUGGAGGUGAGCAAGCCGAGCCGUCAACGAAUGGCGCAGCAAGUGAACUGGACUGAUUAUGUGAAUCGAUGACGAUAGGAGAGAGUUGCAACAUAUACUUCAUCGAGGGUACAAAGCAGAGAUCGAAAUUAUAGGAAGCUCGUCGUCCGACGUUAAUAAUGACCAAGGACUGCUUAAUUAUGUGGUCGACCGUGUCAACAGAAUGCUGCGCCAUUACGCGUGA